GUGCGUUACAAUACGAAGGCGUGGAUGUGAGUCAGUUGAUACUAUUUUUUUAGCUAUAAACCGGUUCCGUUUUCAUGGGUCAGUGUCGAAGUAGCGUGUUCUGUCCCAUGUUUCGUAAAGAAGGCAACAAUCGCUACACGGAAUUUUUACCCAGCAAGAAUUGGAGAUAUGCUGAUGAUCACAUCAGAAGUCAACUGCAAGGACAAGAUGAAGGCGAAGACGACGUUACUGUAGAAGGGAAGAAGUCGAGCGAGGACGAGGACGAUCUGGACGCACAGGAAGAUUACAGGGAAAGUUCUGGAUUAUUAGAAGAAAGAGAUGAAGAUAACGUGGACAGAUUAUUCGUUGACCAUGAUGGCAAUGAAGGAAAGGAUAUUGAUGAAGUAGACAGAUUUGAGGUAGAGUGCAUCACAAUACCACCUCAACCCAAGUCCAGUGACAACAUUAACAAAGUACAUCGACCAGCAGAUGACCUGCCAAUCUAAUACAAAUGUAUAACGGUUAUGAUAGAAAACACGAUCUGUACAUAAGUACACUGUUAUAGUGCACAUCGAUCUAUUGCAAAAUAACAGGAUUGGAUCGAGAUUUACAUAUUGUUUUGCCGACAUAUAAGUUGCUUUACAUGAACUAUUAGUUGAUUGCACUCUAGUAGUGUGGCUUACUGUGCAAAUGUCGUGAUAUUUGAUUGUUUAUUGGACAUACUCUACGUAUGUGCUCUGUGUACAG